AUGGAGGGUGGUUCGAAAACAGACGAGACACAAUCGGUAGACGUAAAUCCCUUUUCUCAGGAGACACUCGACAACACAAGAGCAAAACACAUGGAUGAGGUUGUCAAGCGCAUGAUCCACGAGCUGCCAAAGAAUAUGCGCCGUGACCGUUGGUCAAGAACUAACAAGGAUUUGUGCGAUACUCAUCAGGGUCUGAAUGCAGACCUCAUGACCGAUGUGUUCAAUCUCGUCCAGAAGGAAGUCGGUCACCACCUUCGCAAGUUCGACGCGUACCCGGACUUGCUGAAGCCGCUCGAUAUAUUGAUCGUGCAGAAACUACAGGCUAUACAGGGCAUGUGGACGAAGCCUGACCCGAAAGACCCCGUCUCAGAAGCAUGGCACUAUGAGACCAGCUGCUGUCAGGCGUGCAUGGUGGCCCGGGUUGCGAGUGACAAGAAUGCACUGCGCAAUCUUAGAAUCGCCCUACUCUCUCGCACGCAGACUCGUUUGAACCAUGCCCCACGAAGACUUAUGAAAUUCGUCGACAGUUGUAUUGACUUAUUCCCUAAUCAUGUUGAUGAGUUGUAUGGCACAUCUAGCCAGUUUGCAUUCAUCCUGAAGGAUACCCGCAAGGCCUGCAGCAAGGCCUGGUACCAAGACCCAGCACACGCGGAUUCGACACCUGCACAGCGAGAGCACGCCGAUCAUGGCAAGAAUGACAACGACAAAAAUGACAAAAGGGGAAAAAGCGGAAAGAGUGCACGUAGCCAUGGCCCGGCCGGUGAGUAUAACCCGAGGAAGAAGUAUCCCCAGCCACCACCACCAAUCGCAGCAUCCCACCCCGCGGAAAGAAUAUGUCGCCCGACGUCGAGCCCUUCCAGGAAGGCUUCGACAUCAUCAUACCACAUGAAGCGAGAUCGACUACCAGACCCGAACCCGGACCGCGUCACUAGACUCAUGGAUUUCGCCGAUGAUAGCUAUCAAGGCUUAAGAAUAGGCCCGGAAAGGCGGAGGGCGAGCACCGUCUAUGGACCUCCUGGGACCCCUCCAUCACCUAGCACCGCAAGCAAUUUCUUGGGGACCAUGGAUGAAAUCGACGAAUUGCUCGAGAUGUACAAG